UAUAAUUUGUAAACAAAGGGUGGGGAGAGUUGGAGCCUUUUAGCACUGAAUCACUCCUUCUAGGAUUAGGGAUAUGAGGACCACGGACACAAGAUAAUGGCUCGCAUCACUAACAUUCUGGAUUUGGAUCCAAAGUGCAUAUUGCUGAUAUUCAGUUGUCUCGGACUAGAGGACCAAUUGCAUCUGGCCCGAUGCUGCCGCCUUUUCCGGGACGCUUUCCUGCAUCUGCACCGACACCAUUUCCGGAAGGUAGUCGAUAGGGACACGAAUCUGCGCACCCUGGAAGACUGGCACACGUUCUUGUGGUUGUGCGGAGGACGAAUUCGAUGUCUUGAGUCUUAUUUUGACGAUGACCACCCGUUGCAACUGUGGCCACUCAUCAGCAGACACUGCUAUCGGCUGGAAAGCAUAUCCAUCAACAACGCGACUGUGGCUAAAACGCAGUCCUAUCUCUUGAAGAUCACCUCGCUGCGCAAGGUGCACGUCCGAAACUACAAGAGCACCAGCAAGGACCUUAUAAAAGCAAUACGGCGGCAUCUGCCGCACAUCACCAGCUUAAGCUUGGAGAGUUUUGAUAGAAAGGAGUUGCAAGAGGUGCGGAGCUUCAGCGAGCUUGAGGAACUGGGCUUGUACGACGAGGUCACAGCUUCCGAGUUCGUUACAAUCGUUAGGUCCAUGAGAAACCUUCGAUGCCUACAGCUUCGCAACGCUAAGCGUUUCCUGACCACCAGUACACUAAGGAGCUUGAUUUCUAGUUGCCACCAACUGGAGAAGCUAUCGUUCAACGAAUCCGACGCCGAUCUUCUAGUACUGCCCCAAUUCUCGAACCUAAGGUUUCUUCAAAUACACUGCCCGGAGGAGCUUAAGACGCGCUUCUUUAAAACGCUGGCGAGAAGUCAGUGCUGUGAACAACUGCAAUAUCUCAUUCUCCAUCGAAAGCGUUGGAUUAAUGAGGAACAGGCGCAGUAUAUCAGUGCCUUAAAGUCGUUAAAGUGGCUUGUAUGCAAGCCACGAGACGAUUUUUGCGUUACCCACCUAGCUGGGCUACGCCAGCUAGAGUGCCUUUCCAUUCAGGCUUCGAGAGAAAUAGGUGAGACGGAGCUCACACGUCUGGUGGCCAACAACGUUGGACUGCGUUAUCUUAACAUAUGCUACUGUCUGGGAAUUACGGACACCUUUGUCCUUGAUUCUCUGGGGAGUCUGGGUAGGCGCCCAACCUGGCAGCCGUUGGAACUGUACGCCGCUGCCACGGACAUCAGGCACGACAUCAUGGAAAGACUACCGGCCGAUUUCCCUUUGAAAAUGCUAUGUUUGCAUUUUGAGUGCAGCGAUGGAAUAACUAGCAACGAUCACUUUUAUGCAGACGAACCUGAAUUCGAUCGUCAAGCGGUUUGAGGCUUCGGUAUAAAACGGAAAUUUCCUUCAUUCAUUACCAAAAAUCCCUACAAAAUAUUUUUAAACUAUAAAGCUUUAUUCGUGAUUUUAUCACAUUAAGUGGUAUUAUUUUGUUAUUGCACAUCGUUAAUUUUUUCUUUAAAAAUUUAUUUAGAUACCUUAUA